UUUCAAUAGGUUCCACGAUCUUUAUCGGCCAAGUGUCAUGCGAUUUGAGGUGCAGUCAUCCAAAAUCGUCACCGAUGGGCGUUCAUCCAAGACCAAGAACAUCCGUUCGCCGGCGAAUAUAAAAGCUGCUAUCCCCGCGAAGAAUUGGCCAAACAAAAUGCAGGUGCUCCAUGUGCAAUUGUUUAUUUUGGCAGCAGUUGUUGCGGCUUUAGUACGUGGUCAUGCGGUGGAGAAGGAGCAGCCGGCGAGCCACGCCUAUGGACCACCCAUACACAUUAGCUCGGGUGUACUCCAGCUAGCUCCGGAUACGGAACAACCCCAUCUGCUGCUGGUGCCCAGCUCGUACUCCACGUCACUGGGAAAUCCCUGGCCGCAUUUCUAUGUGGACACCUUGACGGCUUCGCACCUGCCACAUUCAGUGAUUCCAUCGAUACCUUCGAUCCACGAACCCCGCAUCGUGGUCAAUGAUAAUGUGGACUUUUCGCAGCUCAAAUUGCCCCAGCAUCAAGUUGUCCACUCCCACGGCCGUUAAAUGGGUUCAUUGCGAAACAAUUUAUAAACUAUCAUAAAUAACUACUUUUCGGCGGUCUUAUUACUUUAAGUUAAGUUUUUUUUUGUUUUCAAUUUAUUAUU